AUGCCAUACCUACGCAAAACCCACCCGAACCAGAUCAAGACCUACUCCGACCUGAUGACCCAUCUGUGGCGCCAGUAUCACGAUCCCAACCAGGAGGAGAACGCCCUCCAGAACUUCACAAAGUUAAAGAUGGGGAAUAACAACAACUUCGACUUCUUUAAGAACAAGUUUGUUCGGAUGUCUGGCGAGUGCCAACGUCCCAAAACUCAGUGGAAGCGCGAGCUUUCCCAACGCUUCCGGUUGAAUUGCGACUCUUCUAUCUCCCUUGAAUCUUACUGCAACGACUGCUCCGGUUUUGGCCAAGUGCUCAAGAUCAUCGCAGAAGAGAACAAGGCCGUUUCCAAGUUAGGGAAGGGCAACAAGGGAGAAGGUAAUAGAAACCCCGGUUCUAACUCCAACUCCGCCUCCAAGCCUACCGCGGCCAGUAGUGGCGGUGGCUCCACUCGUCAGACCAGCGACCGUCACGAAGAGACUACCCGACUGUUCAACGAGGGAAGAUGCUUCCUUUGCAAAGAAAGGGGUCACACCAAGCGUGAUUGUUCCGAGAAGGAACGAUUCGACCGUGAACGUCGCGAACGCGUUGCCGCCAUUGUUGACCGUCACCUAGCCCACGACAACAGACAGGAGGCUCCAGCCACCAACGAACAUGGAAACUAA